AUGGAUUUAUCACAAGUGAUCUUGGUCCUUGUGUCUAUAUCAAUCCCAAUAUUGAUGUAUCUGUUUCGUCGCAAGACGAGAAAUGGCAUUAACAAAGAGAAGAUCAGGACGCUUCCUCCAGGGAGUACAGGUUUGCCAUUCAUUGGUGAAUCUUUAACCUAUCUCUGGAAAACUCAAAGAGGGUUUCAGUCUGAAUUCUUCAAAGAAAGAAUGGAAAAGUAUUCAUCCAAAAUUUUCAAGACGGGACUGUUUAGCCAGCCCAUUGCAGUACUCUGCAACGCGGAAGGCAACAAAUUCUUGUUCGCUAAUGAAGGGAAACUGGUCAAGUUAUGGAUGUCGAGCAAACUCGAUACCGUCAUCCCAGUGUCCGGUAAGGAGCCGGUGGCCGAGCACUCAAAACGGCUCCGCUCAAUCGUUCUUCCGUACUUCCUAAAAGGCGACGCACUUCGGAAACAGGCUGGCAUCAUGGAUGCCGUGAUGAAACAGCAUCUGGAGAAAUACUGGAUUGGAAAAGAUAAAGUCAACAUAAGCGAGAUGACUAAAAAAUAUACACUGACUUUAGGCUGGAAUAUAUUCUUGGGCAUCACCGAUUCGGAAGAGGCUGAAAGAGUUCUUAAAGGAAUGGAGGAAGUGGAAUCCGCGAUUAUUGGAGCGCGGAUUAAUCUGCCACAAUUUACACUGAACCCUGGUAUCAAAGCUGGUGAGAUUAUGCGUUCAGAAAUUAUGGAAAUCAUUAGGCAGAAAAAGGUUGAUGUUUCAUUAAAUCCAGACACGGAAAAGGACUUCAUUUCGAACAUGAUUUUGGGAGUUGAGGAAAAUGGGGAUUUCGUGAAUGAUGAAGACAUUGCGAGCUAUUUAUUGGCUCUCUUACAGGCAGCCUAUACUUCUGUUCAUCCCACAAUUUGCAUGCUCAUGAAGUCACUUGCCGAGCUCCCUCAUGUCUAUCAAGCUGUCCUCAAAGAGCAAAUGGAUGUUGCGAGUUCAAAGGAACCAGGGAGCAGACUGAUGUGGGAGGACUUCAGGAAGAUGAAGUAUUCAUGGAACGUUAUUUGUGAAACGUUAAGACUCUAUUCUCCAGGAGCAGGUUUCAAAGAAGCUAUUACUGAUUUCACAUACGAAGGCUACACAAUUCCUAAAGGUUGGAAGAUACAUUGGGCUGGACCUGCUACCCAUAAGGAUCCUAAAUAUUUCAAGAAUCCAGAGAAAUUUGACCCAACAAGAUUUGAAGGGGAUGGUCCAACUCCUUAUACGUUUGUUCCAUUUGGAGGAGGACCUCGCAUGUGUCCUGGAAAUGAGUACACUAGACUUGUAACACUCACUUUUGUACAUCAUGUGAUGAUUAAUUUCAGGUGGGAAAAACUAAAUCCAAACGAGAAGAUUUCCAACUUCCCAAUCGCAAUGCCAGCUCAAGGACUUCCUGUUCGCCUCUACCCUCGGAAAACAUGA